AUGAGCCGCUACCUCCUGCCCCUGUCCGUGGCGGGCACGGCUGUGGGCGGCGCCGUGCUGCUCAAGGACCAUGUCGGUGGCGGGGCCUGCCCCAGCAAGGCCACCAUACCCGGGAAGACCGUUAUCAUCACGGGAGCCAACACGGGCAUCGGGAAGCAGACCGCGUUGGAACUGGCCAGAAGAGGAGGCAAUGUCAUUCUGGCCUGCCGGGACAUGGAGAAGUGUGAGGCAGCCGCCAAGGACAUCCGGGGAGAGACCUUAAACCACCGUGUCAACGCCCGGCACCUCGACUUGUCCUCCCUCAGGUCCAUCCGAGACUUUGCGAAGAAGAUCAUCCAAGAGGAGGAGCGAGUGGACGUGCUGGUCAACAACGCGGCCGUGAUGCGGUGCCCCCACUGGACCACCGAGGACGGCUUCGAGAUGCAGUUUGGCGUGAACCACCUGGAUCUCAAAGGUUGCUGUGUGCCUGAACCGCUCGUUGGCAUCCAGUGGUGCGGUUUCGGAGGGAGAGGCCAGGUCUGGCAUCGAGCACAGACCAGCAGGGCACUGCGGAGCUCAGGGCGGGUGUUGGGUAGUGCUGGGCCUGUGGUGUGCCCCCCUCUCUCGGACCCUUGCCUCUCUGCAGGAACGGGCGUGACUGCCAAUGCACUACACCCCGGUGUGGCCAGGACGGAGCUGGGCCGACACACGGCCAUGCACAGCUCCACCUUCUCCAGCUUCACACUCGGUGAGUGCCACCCCCCAAUGUCCUCCCAGCCUCGGCCAGGACCCUCUUUUAGACCCCCAGCCCCUCCUAGAGGCUUCACCACUGCCCCCUGUGCUGAGUCUCCCGGGGUGCCGCUGGUGAGGUUGGAGAUUUGAACUUACCACGCCGUCCAAGGGAGGUGU